CGAUUUCGCGGCAGAUGUGACCGACAUUGAUUAUCUCGUCGACGAAAUGGACGCGAUGACAUCCACGCAGGGUCUCCAAGAUAGCGACCUCGCGAAUUACUUUCUUGAGAACGCCGGUGGGUCGACGAAAGGACCAUACGAAGAUGUAUCGCUCCACCAAAUAUCCACAUCGCUCGGCCUAGCGAUGCCCAAGGCAGCACCCAUCGACUUUUCGUUCAACCCCAUGCCAGGCUCUAGCACGCCCAAGAGCGAUGUCCCUGCAAUGACGUACAACAGAAGGAGCUCUUCAAUUGAAAGAGGCAGUGCGGCAUCGUCAGAUGGUGGCGAUGGUCCUCAAUCACCUCGCUUUGGUGGUGACAAUGACCUCGACACCGAAGACGAGAAACGUCGCAAGCGAUUAGAACGGAACCGCAUUUCCGCUCGCGACAGUCGGCGUCGCAAGAAGCAGUACUUGGAACUCCUGGAAGAGAAGGUUGCCCAGUUGACUGAAGACAUCGAUAUCACUCGCAUGGAGCACUUGGAUACGGCGGACAAGACUAUCACGGCAGUGAAGGCCCAGAUGAUUACGUCGCUAUAUGAAAAAUUAGCUCCACUCCCACCGAACGCCCCGCUCCCCGCGGACGUCGAGGACGAGUUGGGUCAGGUGGCGCAGUUACUCAAGGAUCGAUAUGGACCGAAUUCCGAGGAACGGCAAGCCCUGAUCAAAUAUCACUUUCACCAACUUGACGGUCUACUCUUGCCGCCGUACACGUGCUUCCUGCUGUGGAUGAGUCUCCAGGACGACGCGUUUUUCGCUCGCACGCUUCAAACGCCGUCGUCAUCGAGUAAGAAAGCAGGUGAGGCGUUGGAACAGCGCAAGGAUGGUGGCAAGAAAGAUGGGCUGUGGUCGUCCAUGUCGUCGGAAGUCGCCAUCUUGUACGAGCAGGAAGAGAAAAUCAAGGGUCACUACCGCGCGAACCAAGACAGCGAGCAGACCAAGAUCGAGCGCCGCCGGAUCGCCGCAUCGCUGGUACAUUGUCAAUCAGGGAUGCAUCCAAUGUAAUCCGCUGGAGUAGGGAAACAUGUCGCAAUUCCAAGAAUGCUUGGCGAUGCAAGCAGCCGCGAUGCAGACACACUCCGAUACGAUCCAGGCAAUAUUGACCCCUGAACAGGUCAUUCGAUACCACCAGUGGGUGGCACAGAAUCGAGAAAAGUACAGCGACCGGCUCAAGAGCCACAGCACAAGCAAUUUGCAGCACUUCAACAAUACAUCCACGUCCAGUAGUGACGUCCUUGCCGCGUUGUUGCGAAAGCCCGACACGGACUUGUCUGUCGAUGAUAUCACGACUCUGCUGGCGACAUUGAGAGCCGAGUAGUAUGCCGCGUAAUGGCACAACUAGAACGUAGUCAAUAACGACGGUGUAAUCGUUGCCGCCACAGAAGCGAUAUAUCUUCGUUUCCGAUGUCGCAAUACCGCCAUGGAGCCACGAGGUCCAUCGUGAUAUGUCGCAAAAAGAUUGGAUUUAGGAC